AUGUCGCUCUCCAUCGGGGAUGCCAUCAAAAACCGAGGUUCAUUGCAUAUACUCUCGGAUAACAUCGAGGUUCUUGAUACGCAUAUCCAGAACAUUGUCCAAGAUGCUAUCCUCCACUCACCCAGCCCAUUUAACUGUCAAUCUGGCCGGGCUGUAGUGCUUCUAAAGGAAGAGCAUAAGAAAUUCUGGGAUAUAGCCUACAAUACCGCCAAGGAGCGUGUUGCACCCCCCAUCUUUGAGAAGGCAUUUGAGCCACGUAUCAAGAUGUUCCGCGCAGCAUAUGGAACAAUUUUGUUUUACGAGGAUACCAGGUCACUCAAGGCAGCAGGGGAGAAAAUGCCCGUUGUGAAAGACAAGAUGCCCAUAUGGUCGGAGCAUGCAACGGGGAUGUUGCAAUAUGCAGUUUGGCUAAUGCUAACUGCAGAAGGUCUCGGGGUUAAUCUGCAGCACUAUAACCCAAUGGUAGAUGCUGCAACGGCUAAGCAAUGGAAUAUCCCAGAAGAAUGGAGUCUAAAAGCCCAAAUGGUGUUUGGAAGGCCUGAAGGACCGCGCAUUAUGCAGAAGACUUUUGAGCCCGUUGAGGAGAGAAUGAUGAUAUUCGGGGCGUAA